GGAGCCGAGCCGCAGGAGCGCGAUGGCGGCGGCCGCGGGCGAGGCGCGCCGGGUGCUGGUGUACGGCGGCAGGGGCGCGCUGGGCUCCCGAUGCGUGCUUGCCUUCCGGGCCUGCAACUGGUGGGUCGCCAGCAUCGACGUGGUGGAGAAUGAAGAUGCUAGUGCUAGCGUUGUCGUUAAAAUGACGGACUCAUUUACGGAGCAGGCUGACCAGGUGACUGCUGAGAUUGGAAAGCUCUUGGGUGAAGAGAAGGUGGACGCGAUUCUUUGUGUGGCUGGAGGAUGGGCUGGGGGCAAUGCCAAGUCCAAGUCUCUCUUUAAAAACUGUGACCAGCUGUGGAAGCAGAGCAUAUGGACGUCGACCAUCUCCAGCCACCUGGCCACCAAGCACCUCAAGGAAGGAGGCCUCCUGACUUUGACUGGGGCCAAGGCCGCCCUGGAAGGGACUCCUGGGAUGAUCGGCUACGGCAUGGCCAAAGGUGCCGUUCACCAGCUCUGCCAGAGCCUCGCCGGCAAGAACAGCGGCAUGCCGCCUGGGUCUGCGGCCAUCGCUGUGCUCCCGGUUACCCUGGAUACCCCAGCAAACAGGAAAUCGAUGCCCGAGGCCGACUUCCGCUCCUGGACGCCCUUAGAGUUCCUAGUCGAAACCUUCCGUGACUGGAUCACAGAGAAGAACCGACCGAGGUCAGGAAGCCUGAUCAAGGUGGUAACCACAGAGGGAAAGACGGAGCUUACCCCAGCGUAUUCUUAAGCCUCAUCUCAGUGCCUGCCAGGGGCCUGCCAGAAAAGUCGUUAAUCUGUCUCAGUGUGGCCGCAUCCAGCCCCAUAUCUUCUGUAAUUCUGCUCGUGGUACGAGAUAGUGAGUCCUGUUUUUCUGUCACCUAAUGUGCCAUUUGUUCUCCUAGGACAGUGUAAAAUGUUUAUGUGAAAUAAAAACAUGUGAGGGUGAGGCCUACACAUGGCACCGUGAAUCUGUGUAAACUGUGUAAGUUUUGGAGGUCUCUGAACAGCCCCCUCUGUAUCGGCAUCAUCUUGAAUUGCUUUUGAGACUCCAUUUAUCUGUCCCUGACAGUGGCUGUCGACUUGACUAGUUUAGAGAUUUGUUGGUAUUGGGGACAUUUUGGGGCCUGACUUAUUAUUGAAUGUUAUGUUUAUGUCACAGUUUUUGUAGCCGUGAAUUAAACUGCCUUAAGACUCUUUGUGGUAUAAGCAAAAUCCCAUGGCCCUGUUAGGUAUCUUUUUCCUGUGCAGUUGCCAAGCAUGCAAGAGAACUACUGUGAUUAUUUGGAGUUUAUCUUCCUAAUAAAUGCACUUCAUUUA